AUGUCCAUUUCCAAAGAUGUUGCAAAGAGUUACCAGCAAGUGUCGCUUUUUCAAAGAGAGGAAGGAAAAAAACUGAUCGACGAUGUAGAGAUUCAUCGCGGACAUGUUAUCCUAGAUUUGGGAUGCGGCACUGGAGAAUUGUCUGUGUAUCUUUCCGAGCUCGUAGGACAAGAUGGAAGAGUCGUUGCCGUUGAUCCCGACAGUUAUCGAGUAGAAGUGGCGCGAGAAUCACAUAGGGAAGUAAAAAAUCUCGCAUUUCAUGAAGGAAGCUCUGCCAGCUUUCCAGGUAUGGGCUUGAAGACUUACGACAUCGUCUUCUCCAACUUUGUGUUCCACUGGAUUAAGGAUAAAGAAGAAGCAUUCAAGAACAUGUUUCGGAGCCUGAAACCAGCAGGGAAAAUUGUCGUGAGUUACACCGAUCGCUUACCUUCCAUCGUCAGUAAAAUUUAUCGCGAACUUCAAAACUCAGAAAGCAUGGAACGUAUGUUAAGCAAACGUUGGUACGAGAGAAGGGCGAACAUGGAAGAGAUGUGUUCGGCUGCAGGAUUCGAAAUCAUAAAAAGUGUCGACGUCAAAAUGGAUGAUUUUGAGUUCGAAAAUGUUGAAAGUUUGUGCUCAUUUUUCUUGGCAACUAAUCAAGGCAGGUUUAUUUCAGAGCUAGCCACAGGAGAUAAGGUAUCGAGGUUUUGUGCUCAGUACUCAAGCGGAGAAAAUUCUAAACCGUUGACGGUUUAUACUGACGAAGGAGAUUAUUACUGCGUAUUGACUGCAGCCAAAUCAUAA